AUGGAUGACGAGUGCAACCCGCCGCUGAUGGACACGUACAAGCACCUCUUCGACGACGACAACCACCCGCGCAGCCUGCGGGGACUGGAAGCAGCCGACGACGACGACCAUGAGUGCGGCCUCCCGGUGAUCGAUCUCGCCGUGCUAGAGCAAGGCGGAGACGCGGUGGCGGCCGAGCAGUGCCGUGCGAAGAUCGUGCGUGCGGCGUCGGAGUGGGGGUUCUUCCAGGUGAUCAACCACGGCGUGUGUCAGGCGCUGCUGGACAGUCUGCGCGACGAGCAGGUGCGCGUGUUCCGGCGCCCCUUCCAGCGGAAGGUGGGCGAGCCGCUGCUGGACUUCUCGCCGGAGAGCUACCGCUGGGGCACUCCCACCGCCACGUCCCUCGAGCAGCUGUCCUGGUCCGAGGCCUACCACAUCCCCAUGACGCCUCCGUCGGCAGCCGGGCACGAUGAUCAAGUGGCCACCGCCGACGACGAAGACGAGAACCACAUCAGGUAUGUGAUCGAGGAGGUGUCCACGGCGAUGUCGCAGCUGGCGCAGCAGCUCGCAUCGAUCCUGAUCAGGGAGCUGCAGGGAAACGACGACGAUGACGACGGGAUGACAAAGUGUUGCACGUGGAGCACGUGCUUCCUGCGGCUGAACCGGUACCCGCCGUGCCGCGGCAGCGGCGGCGCGUUCGGGCUGUGCGCGCACACGGACAGCGACUUCCUGACGAUCCUGCGGCCGCUCGACACCGUUGGCGGGCUUCAGCUGCUCAAGGACGGACGGUGGCUCACCGUGAAGCCCAACCCCGGCGCGCUCGUCGUCAACAUCGGCGACCUCCUCCAAGCGUGGAGCAACGACGUUUACAGGAGCGUGGAGCACAGGGUGGUGGCGCACCCGGCGCGGGAGCGCUUCUCCGUCGCCUUCUUCCUCUGCCCGUCCUACGACACCGUCAUCCGCCCGCACCGGCGGCCGGAGGGGAACCAGAUUGAUAGCUUGUACAGGAGCUUCACCUUCGGCGAGUACCGGAGCCAGAUCAGGGAGGAUGUCAGGCUCACAGGCCGUAAGAUCGGCCUGCCACGCUUUCGCCGCCAUGCUUCAUCUCCUCCUGUCACACAGGAGCUAUAG